GUGCAACCAUGGACCUUGCAACUAACGUUUUCGAGUCGAUUGUCAGCUUUGAUAUCUGCACAUCACCCCUGGUCCACAUCACAUGUGAGUACGUUUGAUAGCGAGAUACAGAUAACAUGAAUAGAGAAAUGACAAUAAGUAAUCACGCCAGUCGUAGAUGAUAUCUACUUCUCACCGAAGCCUUUCCAGCAAUUUUCUCGAAUUUGUGGACCAAUUAACGGCUCGCGAUCUAGGUCAAGAUGGUGUAUGAUGUGUGUGUAGUUGGAGCUGGUAUGGUGGGGUCAGCUGCUGCCAAAUGGCUUUGCAAACUGCAACAGGACACUAAAAUCUGUCUAAUUGGGCCCCUUGAGCCAACCGAAAAGGAAUGGAAUGAUGGGAGGCGGGAAGUUUUUGCAUCUCAUUAUGACGAGGGUAGGGUGACGAGGGAGCUGGAUGCUGAUUAUACAUGGGGGCUGCUAGGAAAAAGAUCUAUCCAAAGAUACAAAGAAAUUGAAGAAGAAAGUGGAAUCAAAUUUUACAAUGAGGUUGGAUGUGCUUUCAUCGACACCAAGGGAAAUCAAAAUAUGCAAAAAUUCAAGGAAACUGCUCGAAAACUAGCAAUUCAGCACGAGAUCUUCAACUGUAAGACUUUCCAAGAGAAAUUCCCAUAUCUUCGGGUGAACCAUGAUAGCGAAUGCAUUUGGACGGCUAAGAGGGCUGGCCACAUCAGCCCUCGGAAACUCGUCGCCGCUCAACAGAAGAUUGCGUCAUCGCUCGGCUGUGACGUGAUACAUGAAGUGGUGACCACCGUUAGUGAAGUGACGUCACAAGAUGGAGACACAGUGAUGCGAGUGUCGUCCGAGAGCGGGAGGAUGAUUUUUGCCAGACGUGUUCUCCUUUGCACAGGGGCGUUUACCAAUUUCCAUAGUAUUCUUCCUAAGGAUAGGAAGCUUGAUUUCAAUAUGUGCAAGACUUUUGUAGUAAAGGCUGAGUUAUCGGAACAAGAUGCGAUGAAGAUGUCGGACAUGCCAAGUAUGCUUCUGGAUAACAAGAACUGUUACGUUCUGCCUCCGAUCAAAUAUCCCGAUGGGAAGUACUACUUGAAGCUUGGAUUGUGGUUCAGUCUGGAUAAUCAGUUCGAUGAUAUCCAAGGAGCGGCAGAAUGGUUCCGAAGUCAUGGGAAAAACUAUGAUACCUCAAAGACAUUAGAUGUGCUACGAGAACUGGUACCAGAUAUUCGACCACUAGGUCUGACGACAGAUUCUUGCAUUGCCUCAGUCACCCCUACUGGUCAGCUCUUCUGUGACAUGUUAAACCCUCGUCUUGGUGUACUCAUUGGUAUGAACGGGCUUGGGGCAAAGUGUAGCAACGAAAUCGGACGGAUGGGUGCAAGCAUGAUCUCAAAAGGAUCCUGGAAUUAUGACUUAAAUUCGGAUCUGUUCAAAGUUCAAUGUAAGAAGAACGUACUCCAUGGAAAGCUUUAGAAGAUGGAGGUUUGAGUCAGAAUUUUAUGUCAAUUUUAUAUUUAUCCACCUAUGUUGCAUUAACUGUCCAGAGUCCAAAACCUUUGGCUGGGCAAAUAUAGUCGAUCAAAGUCAGCUUGGGAAAGGGUAUAUUUGAUUUUGUCUCUAAUCCCAACCUGCUCGCGCGGCAUUUGUUUCCAUGUACAUGAGGAACUUUUGACCAGCCCAAAUGAUAUGAAAAUCUUGAUGAUUCGAGUAGUUGUUGGUCUGUUGAAAUAUGGAGCCAGUAAAUAGAUGGAAAAGAGGCAUCGCUAUCGGUUAAAUAGUACCAUGGGUUUUGAUAUCAGUUAAAUUUAACACGGUGGUGGGAAGGUGGGGUGUUUUCAAUCUUGCAUAUCAUUUUGGCAAUUCUACAAAAUAAUUUGAUUCUAUGAUUUGACAUAAGUUUAUGACUGCACCACCAAAGAUUCUAUUUAAAAAAUAAUCGUAGAUGUGACUGGAACCACUUUGAUAUAUAGUGACACCGAGGAGUACCACCCCAUUAUCUGACGAUGAUUUUCUAAAUAUUUUCAUAUUACUGUAUAAGCCCAUGGAUUAUAAGCACAACGAUUGACAGACAUUCCUCCAUAGCUCACUCUUUUACAUGCAACUCUGAAGUAAAAAAAAUAUUAAUCAUGUAUAGGUUGUAAAUUGCAUCAUAGCAUAUUUUAAUUAAGAUAUUUGAUCUACCAUUUGAAAAUUUAUAGGAUGAAGCCCGAGACCCAUUCGGCUCCAGAAAAACAAAAUACCCCUCCCCCCAAAAAAAAAACCAUAAUGGGAGAAAACUAAUCCUUAUUCCCGUCGUAAUGUUUUUGAUUUUCUUCUUCUUGUCAAUUUCAAUUCAGUUCAUUUCUUGAUAAUCAUGACCAUCAUUAUUAUCACAUCUAACAUUA